GGAAGGCAGAAGGGAGCCUUGCCCGGGUGGUUGGGGGGGCACAUCCGUGUUCAAUGGGAUGGGGAAGAAAAGCCUCAGCCGAGAAAACCCUUGGGGACACGGUGGGGAACGAGGUGGUGCAGUGGGGGGAUGCUGGGGCUGUAGGCACCCAGUGGUGGCUGGGGGAGGGGUGCAGCUCUCUGCACAGCACCAAAGCUGCCUCUUCUUUCCCGCUGUGCUGCCGCUGGCUGAGAAGCUGGAGGGACACGGAGCCGGGAGGGCUUGUUGGAAAUAUCCCAAUCAUCGAUCAGGAUGGUAUCCCUGAUCAAAGCAGACUGGAUUUGCAAUUGCAAUGGCGGGAGUCCUGCAAGCAGGAGUGCCCUAUGGACGCAGUACGGCAGCUUUUGUUCCUUGUUUCCCCCCUGCGUGCCCCCCUCCCCCGUUUCCCCACUGGCUGGGUGCUCCAUGUUCACGAUCUUAUCGGUGGUUUCCAUUUGUUAAUUCCAUUCUGGCACUUGUUAAUUCGACUUGUGCCAGUCAGUCGCCAUCCUGCUGUUUCCAAGAUGUCUCAGUCCUGUUCUUACUGGGUUGAUAUGGGGAUUUUCUCCACAGCUUCUUCCAUUCUGUCAAAGGACGCUUCCUCUGUUGAACAAGGAGCACCGAGGGGGGUGCCAGGCGUUCUCGCUGCCUCUUCAGGCUCUGCCUUGGGCACGACAUGACUUGUUCUCUGCUUCCAUCAGUCUCGUGCGGGAUAUUCUUGCCAUGUGUCUGACAAAGUAUAACGUCUAUAUCCAUGCUGGCUAUACAUCAAUUGUUGCUAGCUCUUACAUGUCUAUUGUUAUUUAUUUAACUUCUCCUCACAUUCUCUCUUACUCAGGUCCUGUCUACCCAGCACCGAAAAUUAGCAGUUUUUCUAACUUGUAAGGCUGGAGGUUUUUCAGUUGGCUGGACAGACAGGAGCUGCAGCCUUCGUGCCUGUAACUUCCUGCAUCUACCUAACCCAUAGAGCUAUGUAUAUGUAUUACUUUACUUAUAUUCUGAGUCUGCGUGGCUGGGGAAGGUUUAUCCGGAGAACCCCAGUAAAGAAGAAAGACCCCUGAAAAGAACGAUUAGUUCUAAUAAACGGCAGCAGAGGCCAUGAAAUAAAGAAAAUUCUUAUCUUGUGCUAAUGCAGAAACAACAUUCGAUUCCCACAGGCUGAGCUGUGUUCUGCACACUCGGUGCCCAUCGGAGCCAGGCCAGGCGUGCCGUGAGCCAUGGCAUCCGCAGCAUCGGUGCCGGAGUUGGCGGAGCCCAUCUGCCUCGUUGAGAACGAAGCAGGGCAGGGGCUGGCGGUGCGGCAGGACGCCCUGCAGGUGCUGGCCAACGUCACGCAGCCCGUGGUGGUGGUGGCCAUCACCGGGCUGUACCGCAGCGGCAAGUCCUACCUGCUGAACCGGCUGGCCGGGCGGAGGACGGGUUUCUCCCUGGGCUCCAAUGUGCAGGGUCACACCAAAGGAAUCUGGAUGUGGUGCCUGCCUCAUCCCUGCCAGCCCGGACACACGCUGGUGCUGCUGGACACAGAAGGGCUGGGCCGUGUGGAGAAGGGGGACACCAAGAACGACGCGUGGAUCUUCGUGCUGGCCGUGCUGCUCUCCAGCACCCUGAUCUACAACAGCAGGGGCACCAUCGACCAGCAGGCCCUGGAGAACCUGCACUACGUGCUGACGCUGGCAGAGCACAUCAGGCUGAGCAAGAGCCCCGGGGAGAGCGGAGCCCAACUGCCCGCAGCCGCCGAGUUGGCCCAGUUCUUGCCAAGCUUUGUGUGGGCCGUGCGGGACUUCACGCUGCAGCUGGAGGCGGAUGGGAAGGAGCUCUCCGAGGACGAAUACUUGGAGCAGGCGCUGAAGCUGAGGGGCGGCAGCAGCGCGGAGGCCGAGAGCUACGACCGCCUGCGGGAAUGCAUCCGCCAGUUCUUCCCCGAGCGCAGGUGCUUCGUUUUCGACCUGCCCGCCAGCAAGAGGGACCUGCCCCACCUGGAGGAGCUCCCGGACGACAGGAUGGACCCUGAGUUCCGGCAGCAGCUGGAGAAAUUCUGCAGCUACAUCUGGGAGAGGUCUCCACCAAAGACCACCCCCAGCGGCUGCAAAGUAACAGGGCACAUGCUGGGCACCCUGGCGGUGAGCUAUGUGGAUGCUAUCCAGAGCGGGGCCGUGCCGUGCCUGGAGAGCGCGGUGCUGGCCCUGGCGGAGCUGCACAACUCAGCGGUGGUGCGGGAAGCUGCGGCCUUGUACCGGGAGCUGAUGGAGCAGCGGGCGACGCUGCCCAUGGAGACGGCUCAGGAGCUGCACGAGCUGCACGAGCUGUGCGAGCAGGAGACGCUGCAGCUCUUCACAGAACGGGCGAUCACAGACGACAUCGAGCGCUUCCGCGUGGAGCUUCUGCGGCAGGUGGAGGCAGCCAGGCUGGAGUUUUGCAGCCGUGACGAGCGGGCGUCCCACGAGAAGUGCAAGGCCGCACUGCAGGAGCUGUCCCGAGAGAUGGAGCAACGGAUCAACAACGGCGGCUACUUGGUGCCAGGGGGUCACCGGCUGUUCCUGGGAGACCAGCAGGCGCUGGUGGAGCGGUACCGGGCGCUGCCGGGCAAAGGGGUGAAGGCGGACGCUGUCCUGCAGGAGUUCCUUCAGAGGACAGAGCCUUUGGCCAGAAUCAUCCGCUACACAGACCGUGCCCUGACGGAGAAGGACGAGCAAAUCAAAGGUCUGCAAGCCCAGAAUGAGAAGGACAAGCAGGAGUGGCAGGCCGAGAGUGAGAGGGAGGCAGAAAAGCUGCAGCAGAUGGAGGAGCGGGCUCACCGCUCUGAAGAGGAAGCUCGUCAGCUGAGAGAGAGUCUGGAGAAGCAAGGGAAGAAGAAAUCACAUUCCGAGGGUGCGCACUUCGGAGAUGUCUCCCAGCAGCAGGGAACCGGGAUCGACUGGGAAGCUGGGAUAGUGGUAGCAGUGCUGGCUGCACUGUGUUUAUUUCGGACAGCCAUAUUUGUGCUUGUAGUUUUAUUGGCAGCCCUAUUUGUGCAUCUGGUUAGAGAAUGGCCAAACAUAUUUUCAUGUAUUCUUGGAAAACUGCGGAACAUACUUUGGCUUCAAUGUAAAGAAUACUUCAUUCGGAAACUUACAGGUUUUCCAUGAUCACGUCACACCAGGAAGUGCUUUUGUGUGUUUGUAAUUGGGAAGGAAGGGAGUCAUGUGGGAGGAUGUAACUGUGAAUGGGGCAGACUCACUGAUCAUCUGCUCUGGGAAUCGCGCUCCUUCGCUUUCCUUUGCUCUGAAAGUGCACCAGUGUCAGCACUGGCUUUGAAACAAGUGACCUUCAUUCAUGUUUCCGUACUCUUUGCAUUUCUUUAGAGGCGUGCUUUGCUUCUGAAAAUGCUAAGCCAAAAAUAAUAUCAAGAAAUAAUAAAGAAAGCACAGUAAAAACACC